CCGGCUGCGCACUCCGUUACUGUAUCGUCCACACGUACGCGUUGUGUCUGAUGUGUUUUUCAUAUACAAGCAAUACAGUUUUUUAAACAAUGUGUUCGGUAACUGAUCCACUUCGACUGAAUGAUAACCCGUUGUUUAAGGAACUUAAAGAUGGAUUGCCCAAGAGUGAGAAAGAGACGAUGAACAUUCUUGAAAUUCGAGAUGAUAUUUUGUUCGUGUGGAAUCCUGAUAAGUGUUGUGUUUUUACCCUCAAUGUUGCCGCUCAGCGAGGAAAAACCGGCGAGGAAAUUCCAUUUCAAACACUGAAGCCAACGGAUCCUCCAAUAUUCGAAAUCACAAAUUUGGUGAUCAACGAAACUGCAACUCAACUUGUACUCUGGGGAAAUCUUGGAAUAGUCGUAGUUGAAUUGCCAAGGAGAUGGGGCAAAGACAACGCUUUUCAGAGUGGGAAGAAAGAGAUAUCUUGCGUGAAUCACAAUUUGACGGGUUACAGUUCACAGUUGGCGUCUACAGAAGUCAGGAGAGUCAGAUGGCAUCCUGGCUCAGCUGACGAUUCUCAUUUACUUGUACUUACGUCGGAAAAUACUUUUCAAUUGUACGAGUGUAAACUGAGUGACACUCCAAAAUUGAUUAGAAAUUGGAAAGUUGGACCAACACCAGCAUUCUCAUCCACAACAAUCGCCAACGUUGAAACACUUGGAGAGACUGCAGUUGACUUUGACUUCGCUACGCCAACGAUAAAAUGUGAUACUGAUUACCACAGCAUUAAUGACUGGAGCAAAGUUCAGUGGCCAAUUCUCGUACUCCGUGGAGAUGGUGAUAUCUUGAUGGUCCACGAUAACAUCCUCUCGGGAAGUUUGACGAAACCAGACGUAGUGGGUGCAUUGACCAUCUACCCACCUGCUGCUGAUAACUAUGGACUUGAUUCCUGUUCAAUAAUGUGUCUUCAAACGACUCCGCCGGUUGUUGUCAUUGCAACCGCCACCGGAAAGCUCUAUCAUGCACUUCUGAUGCGUGAACCUGAGAGAGAGGCUGAUGAGGGCAAAAGUUGGUCUCAGUACGGUUCCACUUACAGCCUGCACACACCUGACGAUGCGUUAUUCGUCUUUGAAGAGGUCGAAAUGGAGCUUGGACUUCUGUUUACUGAUACUGAUAAGAAGUUCAGGUGUCCAAUUAAUUUACACAGAGAUAAAGGAAGCAGACUGAGAUAUUUUUGCUCACACAACGCAGGGAUUCAUAUGGUCACACUACCAAUGAUAACACAAUUAAACGACUACGUCAAUGCCAAUGAAGAAAAUGCCGAUCUCAAUUUACCCAGUUCUCUUCUACCCUCAAGUAUUCAGUAUUUACUCUGCACCAGAACAAAAUAUUCACAUAAUGAGGAAGCAACACCUGUUCUUGGAUUCGGAUUACUCCAUCAGCCGUGUUCAGUUCUAAUUUCCCUGCUUUAUUCCGGCGUGGUUGUUGACUUAUCAGUAGUUGACCUAGAUUAUAUCCCUAAAAUUGAUUCUCUAGAGCCUUCAGUCAGCUCAAGUAACAAGAUAGCUAGAGAGCCCUUUGAUACUUACAUUAGAAAUCUUCUGAAACAUGAUUCAGCAUCUCAACCAAUUACAAAACUUGGAACUGUAACGAAACCCUCAGGAAAAGAAUAUUUGGAGCUUUUAUAUCGAGCAAUUCAUGUAUUCCGUACCAAUCACUUCGUAAAGCACGAUAAAGUUCAUGCAGAAAUAACUAGGAAAGUUCGUACAUUGAAUGACUUGAAGAAUCAUCAAUUAAAUGAGCUCGAUAAUUUAAUGAAAAUAAGAAAAGAUCUGCAAUCGAAGGCAGAGCAAUUGGCGGAACGUUAUGAGGAUAUCAAGGAUAAACAAGAGGAGUUGGCUAAACGAGCCGAAGAAUUACUACGUCUAGUGAAUCACAAAGAAUUAUCCAGUGCUGAAAGAGCUGAUGCUACUGAAUUGAAGGAUUUGAAUCAGAAAGUAUCGAAAGAACUUGCUUUUCGCCUCGAACAAUUGAAGAAAAAAGUCGAACAACAAAAAAUGCACAUGGAGGCCUGCAAAAAGGAGGAGAAGAAAAAUUCCUAUGUUCUCAGUGCAAGGCAGGAAGAAGCUAUUAAGAGUAAUAUUGCACAAAUGGGAAAAAGCAUCGCACACAUGAUUGCCCAAGUGAAAGCCCUUGAAGACGAACUAGAUAUUUAAAUAAAUAUCUUUUCUUUUAAUUUGAUCAUAUUUACUGUAAAUUUCAUUUUAAAAAAUACUGCCAGUUUCCGAAUAAAGAAUGAAUUUUCCAUUAUUCAAUUUAUGGAGUGAUCUCCUAAUUUAUUCA